UUGCGGAUUGCCCCGGAGUACGGCGGACUGGUGGCCUACGCUCAGGACGCCAUGAGUGGACUGGCUCUGGCAAACACGUUGCAGGACGCCGACGAACGGCAAAAGCUGGCAGCGGAUAUCGAAACCGAGACCGACGAGCUCAUCCGGUCCGCCCAGGCCAGGGAAAGCGCCGAGGCUUCCAACCCUGUUUCGGACGUGGCGCCGGCCCAGAUCAGUCACAACUUGGAAGUGCCCAAUCCCCCGGACCUGCGGCUGCAUGUCUUACAUGACUACGACCUGAACGAAAUAUUCCCGUACAUCAAUCCCCAGAUGCUCUAUGUCAGGCAUCUGGGCUACAAGGGACGGUUCGAAGAGGCCCUGCAGCGCGAAGAAAGCGACGCCUUGGAACUGCGCGAUUCAGUGAGGAAGGUCGAAGACAUCAUGCUGGCCCACCCGGGGAUUCGGGCUAAUGCAGUCUUCAAGUUCUUCCCAUGCCGCUCCGACGGACAAUCCCUUCUGGUUUUUGCUCCCGACGGUGAGACUAUAUUGGAGCGUUUCUACUUUGGUCGGCAGUCUCAGCGAGAGGGACUGUGCCUUGCCGACUACGCCCGCCCGGUGGGAGCAGGCCAACCCGACUACGUGGCGAUGUUCACCACCACUGUCGGUCCGGCAGUGCGCACUCUGGCCGACGAAAUGCGGGACCGAGGCGAGUUCCUCAACUCUCAUAUCCUGCAAGUCCUGGCCCUGGAAUCGGCUGAGGCUUUUGCGGAGUUGCUGCACAAGCAGAUCCGGCAGAUGUGGGGCAUUGGCGACCCGGCCAGCCUGACUUUCCAGGACCUGUUCCGCACCCAGUACCUGGGCCGCCGCUAUUCCUUCGGAUAUCCGGCCUGUCCCCGCCUGGAAGACCAGGAACAGCUCUUCCGGUUGCUGGACGUUACCGGCAACAUUGGAGUGGAACUAACCGAGGGUUACAUGAUGGACCCGGAAGGUUCUGUCUCCGCCAUAGUCUUCCACCACCCUGAAGCCAAAUACUUCAAUCUAAGCGAGCAGGAUAUUGAAAGAUUAGAGAGAGAUAACCUCUAA